AUGAAGUUGAAAAUUGCCCUCAUUUUGUCGCUAAAUUCGAGCUUUUGCGAAGCAGUGGCUGAACGAAAGCACAUGUGCGCGUGUCCUCCCGGACCGCCAGGAGCUGAUGGAGCGCCGGGUUACCAAGGCCCUGUUGGCGAAAGAGGACAACCUGGGCCUCCCGGACCGGUGGGAAGAGGAGGCGCUAAUGGCAAUCCGGGCAUGGAUGGCAACCCUGGCAUUCCUGGCCUACAUGGUCCCAGAGGAAUGAGCGGGCGGCCGGGCCGCAGAGGGCCAAAAGGAAUGCCCGGACCGGAAGGGCCAAAAGGCGAAAAUUGCGUGAUCGAGUCCGUCGACAGCAUGGACAAACGCCUACUCCAGCUGGAAGGCGAAAUGGCGCAAAUCUGGCACAUGAUUCGACAAAACCGCGCAGAGGUGCUCUCCCGACAAAUGCCCGACUACGACUACAUGGCGCCAGAAUCAAGUCAAAUUAAUGAAAAUUAA